GCCCAUCGCCAAGUUCCAGCGGCUGCAGACCGUCACCAACUACUUCAUCACUUCCCUGGCCUGCGCCGACCUGGUGAUGGGGCUGGCCGUGGUGCCCUUCGGCGCCAGCCACAUCAUGUUGAACCAGUGGAAGUUCGGGAACUUCUUGUGCGAGUUCUGGACCGCCGUAGACGUGCUGUGUGUCACAGCCAGCAUCGAGACCCUGUGCGUCAUCGCGGUGGACCGGUAUUUUGCCAUCACCUCCCCGUUCAAGUACCAGAGUCUCUUGACCAAAAGCAAAGCCAGGGUUGUCAUCCUCGUGGUCUGGGUGGUGUCUGUUCUGACCUCCUUCUUGCCUAUCCAGAUGCACUGGUACAGAGCGGAGAGCCCGGAAGCCCUCGAGUGUUACAAUAACGCCAGCUGCUGCCACUUCUUCACUAACCAAGCCUAUGCCAUCACUUCUUCCAUCAUCUCCUUCUACCUGCCUCUGGUGGUCAUGGUCUUCGUCUACGCCAAGGUCUUCCAGGUAGCCAAGAAGCAGCUGAAGAAGAUAGACAAAAGCGAAGGGAGGUUUCAUAACCAGAACAACAACCAGCAGGAGCCGAACGGGAGAGCGAGUCACCGGAGAACUUCCAAGUUUUGCUUGAAGGAGCACAAAGCCCUGAAAACUUUGGGGAUCAUCAUGGGUACCUUCACUCUAUGCUGGCUGCCCUUCUUCAUCGUCAACAUCGUGCACGUGAUACGGGACAACAUCAUCCCCACUUACCUCUACAUCCUCUUGAACUGGGUGGGCUAUGUCAAUUCCGCCUUCAACCCCCUGAUUUACUGCAGAAGCCCGGACUUCAGGUACGCUUUUCAGGAACUGCUGUGCCUCCGGCGAGCUGCGCUGAAGUUGCAUGCCAAUGGGUACUCCAACAGCUACGGGAAAAGUGACUUCCAGGAGGAGGAGGAGGACAAUGGCUGUCCCCUGGGACAGGGCAAAACGUGUGAACUGCUGUGUGAAGAAGCUGGGCUGCCUGCCAGCGAGGACUUAGCGCACUGUAAAGAGAUCCCCGGGUGUCCUGGAAUGGUUGAAAGUUGAAUGGACUGAAAUGUUGUCUUUACCAUGCUGAGCUCACAAGGGCUCUGGAAAGGGAAAGCAGGAGCAUGGCCAUGCUUCUCUGAGACUGGUGAAUCUGUGGGAAUCUACUGCUUUGGCAACUGCCUUCGUCCCAGCCUAUCGCCUGCAGCAAGUCACCCGAAGGAGAAGCUGAUGAUGGCGUGGCAGCGAACCAGGCGAGGAGCCAUCAGCGCGUCAAACAUCUGGGGGGAUAUAAGAAGGGAAUCUGACCUGCACUGAAAGAGCCACAUUCCAGGAAGCAGCCAAGUCAAAUUGGAUCCACUCUGAGACAGUGGAAGCAUGGCCCAACUACACAGGGGUAUCUCAGCUUGGAAUGAGCUCAAUCUCCAAGCAGGAGGAAAACAUUUCAGGGUUUCCCUGUCUCACCAGCCUGGAGAGCAUCACUUCGAAAGGCAAGAAAGCUCUAGGGCUGGACUGUCCUCUCCAGUGGCCAAUUCAUGGAAAAGAAGCCAAGCUCACUGCCUCCUGGUUAGGCCAAGAGUUUGCCAGGAACAUGGCCCUGGCAGUGGAUGAAACUGGCAAUGAAACAGGAACCCUUCAAAGACUAGACAGACAAGAGGCAUUGAAGUUUGCUCUGAUUCACUCUGUGUUAGUUUCUACCCAGGGCGUCUUCUCUGUCUCUUCCUUUGUGUAGACAAAUACCCUAACUCAGACGACGUUACCCUAACUCAAAUACCCUAACUCAGACGACAUUCCCACAGACCCCAAGGCACUGACUCCAAUGAUUGUAAGGUGUGAAUGUUUUUGCACCAUGCUGGGUGGGGGCAGGGAGAUCAGCUUCACUUUUCACUUUUUAACCCUGAUGGUCAAACAUCAUCCGCCACACCCUUGGAGCCUAGUUUUUAGACCUGAGCCCCAAAGCCCUGCCAGGCUCAAAUUCCUUGUUUGAGUAUUGAAAUCAGUGUACAAGCAGGUCAAGCCUUGUUAAAAAAACGCAGCUUCCUGGGUUUUUAAAACAUUCUAAUGGGUUCAAAAUGAAAAACCCUGGUUUGGUUAAUAAGGGCUUGGUUCUGUGAGGUUGACCGGAUGCCUAGCACUGUCCACAAGAUGCUCAACCCCCACUGGUACCCAGGGGAGCUGGCUGACCAGCACUUCCAGGAGCUCAGCAUCUCAAAAGCUCAGGGGACCUGUGAUGGCGCAUUGGGGUUUUCCCGUCUCCUGCACCCCUGUAAUGGCAUGGACAGACUCCACCAGCCAGUAGAAUAGAGGGAGUUUAUUGCUUCUCCAGGAUACAGCACAGCACAGAUGUAAUCUGGUUACAGGGCAGGCCUAGGAUGCCUCAGCCCCCCUUGAGAUGGGGGAGCCUGGGCCCCUAAAUCCCAGCCUGUUACCUAGGCUGCUUCCUCCAUGAAACCAGCCAGAAACCUAACUCGCUCACUUCCAGCCCUGCCCCCAGCCAGGGCUCCACUCCCCUUCUUCCCAUUGUUCCACUCCCUCGGAGAUAACUCGUUGGACAGGUUCGAAGCCCCCUUGCAUAAUGACUCAUUCCCUGUCCUGCUGGGCUGUGCUGAAGACAGCAGCCAGUGGAGGUCACUCACAACCCACUGCCCAUCAUAGCAACCAGCAAGGUACCCCCCACUACGUCACAGGACCCUUCAUCUCUUUACCCAUAUUGCAAAGGGAAAGGUAGAGAGCUCGAGGCCCCUGCAGCGAACCAUUGGAAAUACGCUUUCAAACAGCAGGAAAGCUGCGAUGGUCUUGUAAUUUCUGAUGGCAAAAGGAGUAUUUUGUAGGCAAAGCACCCAGCCCAGUUGAGCGAACACAGGAUUCUGCUUAACAGCCUCCUGAUCUCGAAGCACCAGCACCAGUAAUGGAAAUUCUGAGAUUUGCACGCAGCUCUAUCUUGACAGGAACUGAGCGGACAAGCUGGGCUCCCACCUGAAUAACCUCACGAAUGUACAUUUGGGUUUAUUUAUUUAUUUAUUUGCUGCUUGAGGCGACACAAAAACCAGACUGCAGAGCAUUGUAGAGCAGCUUCCUAACCUGUGUCUGUAUGUGGAAGCCACCGAUAACUCAUGUAAUGCCAUAAGCAGGCCUUGAGCUCUAGUAAAAUAAAAGCAAGCCAUUUCACUGGGGUUGCCUGAUGUUUAGAAACAAAAGAGGCUGCAGUCUGAUAUUCUUUACCUGCUGCGCAGGAUGUGAAAGACACAGAGGCUACGUCUAGACUGGCCCCUUCUCCGGAAUC